UCAGCAGCCUGCAGCACAGCACCCCGAGCCUCAGGCCAGGACCUGGACACCCCAGGAGCCGACUCAGGUGAAGCUGCAGAAGAACCGGGAAGGACGCGCGAAGCCAUGAUAUUUCCAUGGAAACGCCAGCGUGCUCAGGGAGUCUUAAGAUUGUGGUUGUGGACAGUGCUCUGCUGUGAUUUCUCUGUGUAUCAUGGAACCAACUGCUGGACUUACCAUUACUCUGAAAGACCCAUGACCUGGGAAAACGCUAGACGGUUCUGCCAACAAAACUACACAGAUUUAGUUGCCAUACAAAACAAAGGGGAGAUCGAGUACCUGAACAAGACGCUUCCCUAUAGUGCUACUUACUACUGGAUAGGAAUCCGCAAGGUGAGAGGGGUGUGGACGUGGGUGGGAACCAACAAGUCUCUCACCAAGGAGGCAGAGAACUGGGGACAUGGGGAACCCAACAAUAGGAAGACGAAAGAGGACUGCGUGGAGAUCUACAUCAAAAGGACCAAAGACGCUGGAAAGUGGAACGACGACGCCUGCCGCAAGCUGAAGGUGGCUCUCUGCUACACAGCUUCCUGUCAGCCCUGGUCAUGCAGUGGCCACGGAGAAUGUGUGGAAACCAUCAAUAAUCACACCUGUAACUGUGACGUGGGGUACUACGGGUCCCGGUGUCAGUUCGUGACUCAGUGUGAGCCUGUGGAGGCCCCCACGCUGGGUACCAUGGUCUGUACUCACCCUUUGGGAAACUUCAGCUACAGCUCACGGUGUGCCUUCCAUUGCUCUGAGGGAACAGACAUAAUUGGGAGCGAAGAAACCACUUGUGGACCAUUUGGAAACUGGUCAUCACCUGAACCAACCUGUCAAGUGAUUCACUGUGAGCCGCUGACAGCACCCGACUUGGGGACCAUGGACUGUAGUCACCCCCUGGCCAACUUCAGCUUUACCUCCACGUGCACCUUCAGCUGCUCAGAAGGAAAUGAGUUAAUGGGGGAGAAGGAAACUUUUUGUGGAUCAUCUGGAAGCUGGACGAGCCUCAGUCCAAUAUGUCAGAAAGUGGACAGGAGCUUCUCAAUGAUCAAGAGCGGUGACUAUAACCCCCUCUUCAUCCCAGUGGCAGUCAUGGUUACUGCGUUUUUGGGGCUGGCGUUUAUCAUUUGGCUGGCAAGGCGAUUAAAAAAAGGCAAAAAGUCUCGGAAAAGCACGGAUGAUCCGUAUUAAACCACCCUCCAUGAAAGAAAAUCCUCGGGAUCCUAAAGCAUCGCUGGAUCCUUCCAACCCUCCAUGAGAAAAGAUUCCUACGUGGUGUCCCCCCCACUGAGAUGGCAUGUGUCCCUUUCGGGGCAUCUGAAGAGACCCCUCUAUGCCCGGCAGCUCCUUUGGCUCCCGCUGUUCCCUUCGCCCCCCUCCCCCGGCCCACAGUUGUGGUCCAUGCAGCUCUGCGUUCUACCCUCCUUUCUGCGCAGAAACAAGACCGCGGGGAAAAGGGUCGCCGUGGGGUGUAAACACGCCCCAUUUCGCUCUCUUUCUUGGCUGUUGUUUCCAGUUUCAAUUCAGUGCUGUGCCUGCUGACGUACUUCUGAAUACAGUGAAAAUCUGACACAUGUGCCACCCCGGUCCCUGCUGUGCUGCAGACACAUUUCACCUCCUGGCCCUCCAGUUCACUGUGGGGUUACGUCCUUACAGAAAGUUCAGAAAAUUGAAGUAAUCGUUUCUCUCCAACUCCAGCAAAGUAACGGGGUUCUACUCCAAAGGUGAAGGCGGAAAGUCCUAUUUGCACUGUAGCCCCACCCUCUACAGACGGAGGCCCUUCUAUUUCAUUGCUUCCAGCCUCUCCAUCUCCCUAGAGCCUGUCUACCUGUAAAGAUUCAUGUCGGGCAUCCCUCGGGCAUCCCGCACGCUCGCCACUUCCUUCAUAGCUAGUCCUUAACUAGUCUCACCAAUGGCAAUCUCCCUUUCCUGGCCUUCCAUCGUAAAGUUAGUUUGCAAUAUAUGAUUUUGUACUUAAAUACAGUUUGCUUUUAUUUUUUAGUGUUAUCUAGUUUGUUAUUCUAAAAAUUAUCACAUGUAUGUUUCUCUCCAAUGAAAUUCUACCCUCCUUAACUGUAGAGAUUGAGCCACAUCCCUGGAGUAUCUAGUUCAUUACUCGACACUCAAAAGAAGUGUAUUUGAAUAAAUCAGAAAGAGCACACAGUGUACUUUUUGAUACAAGCUGCAGCAAACCCUUUUUCUCCACGGGCGAUGAUGACCUGAGCAGAUACUCAUUCAAUGUCACGGGCUGCCUUCCUAGAAGAGAAUCGGGCCCUGUGUAGAAACUAGCUGGAGAUGCCUCCUUGUCCCAUGGCCAAUAGAGCUUUUAUAAACAUUCAUACAUGCUAUGGGAAUGAUUUUUCUGUGAUUACAUUUUCCUUUCUCAAAGCCAUCUCAGAUUCUACAUUACGAUGAGGGCUGUUGCAAAAGAUUCCCCACACCGUGCAGCAUAAAUCUAGGACGUACCAUCCACAUUCACACAGCGUAUGCUGCGUCCCUCAGAGUCGUCCAGUGCAGAGACCCACACCCUACAGAGACCCACACGGCAGCCCUCACUGCAAGGGCUUGUUCAGCUAAGACUCAGGAUCAAAGAACCCAAGUGGAGGCUACUUCUUGGAAGUAAGAUGUGUAUAGAUUUAAAAACACAGUUCUACCUAUGUUUAAGUCCUAAGGCUACUAUGGGAUUUUAG